AUGGCUCUUAUGAAGGUGAAGUUUGACCUGAAGAAACGGGUGAAGCUGGCCCAGAUGCUAUGGCUCAUGUACUGGAUCUCAGUUAUGGCCGGUGUGCUCGUCUUCAGCAUGGGCCUUUUCUUUAAAAUUGAACUGCGGAAGAGAAGUGAACUCAUGGACAACAAUGAAAGUCAUUUUGUACCUAACCUGCUAAUUGGUGUGGGCCUGUUGGCGUGCGGUCUCAAUGCCUUUGGGGGCAAGAUCUGCUAUGAUUCACUCGAUUCCACCAAGUUCGCAAAAUGGAAGACCAUUUUGAAGCCCUUUCUCAUUUGUUGUUUGUUCUUCAACGUUCUACUUGUCCUCACGGCGGUUAUGUGUUUUACCAUGCGCAUACCUCUACAGUUCACCCUCGCCGAGGGCCUGAAAAAUGGAAUGAAGUACUACAAGGAUUCGGACACACCUGGUCGUUGCUACAUGAAGAGAACUCUGGAUCUUAUGCAGAUGGAGUUCCGUUGCUGUGGCAACAAUAACUACAAAGAUUGGUUUGAGAUCCAGUGGGUGAGCAACCGUUACCUGGACUUCAGCUCCAAGGAAGUCAAAGAUCGAAUCAGCAGUAAUGUGGAUGGAAAAUAUCUAAUGGAUGGAGUUCCCUUCAGCUGCUGCAACCCCAGCUCACCCAGACCCUGCAUCCAGCAGCAAAUAACCAAUAAUACGGCUCACUACAGCUAUGACCAUCACACAGAAGAGCUUAACAUCUGGAAACGUGGUUGCCGUGAUGCCCUCGUGUUUUACUACGGUGAAAUGAUGAACACUAUCGGGAUACUUGUGCUGCUGGUUACAGCUCUGGAAAUUGCUGUAAUGAUUGGUCUACAGUAUGUAAGCACCUCUCUGUCCACGCUGGUGAAUCCUGAAGACCCUGAGAGUGAGAGCGAGGGCUGGAUCCUGGAGAAAACUGUCAAAGAAACCUUCACUGACAUCAUGGCUAAGAUGAAGGCCAUGGGCAAAGGCAAUCAAGUGGAUGAGGGGGCACAGGAAGGGGGCGUGGCCACUGUGAGCUGAACAAGCCACACCCAUCAGAACUUUGGUCACGCCUACCUGAGGUAGAGUGCUUUGGGACACAGCCUAAAUCUGAAGCGUAUAUCAUUCACACUACACAAAGUGAAGACAAAGCCAGUUAACUUGUUGAGAAAAUAAAAUGUGAAUACAAACUCAUAAUAAAUAGUAGUUUAAUUGGUGUAAUAGAAAAUCAAUAUUAUGUUGAAAUCCAUAUAUAAAUUGAAUGCAUCAAAGGCAUUUUUUAUUGAAUGCAUCAAAUGCAUACAAUUUGAUUUGUACUGAAUUGUCAAAUGUAAAGGUUACAUUUUUUAUUUAUUUCUUGUUUGAGUUAACAUUCACCCCAAGGCUGGCAAGUCAGGGCUUUAUGAAAAGUAAAAAAACCUUCCCACACCCCGACCAAUUUAUUACAAACGAAAGAAGCUAGAGAGACCUUAUUCAGCAUUUUGGCCAGAGCUGGAUGGAAUGAACACAAAUACUGUAUUUGAAUUUAUGAAAAAGUUGUAAUUCUUUAUAAAAUGCCGUAAAAGGGUAUAUUUAAGAUAUGAUUUUGUGGCCUACCUGAUGUGUCCUCUGUUAGACUAUUUGCCGUCGACUUGAAAAAUAAAAAACGUUUAAAGUUCAGCACCAGGUAACAAAAGAUUUGAUCGGAGGCUGACUUUGCAGGUUUAGGAGACAAGCAACGUUUUAAGCCCCAAAAUGUGCUAUGGUACAGAGGAAUAACCAGGUACAGGGUGGGGGGCAGGGGUGCUUGAGAAGGCCCCUGGAGCUCGUAAGAAAGCUUAAGUUUGGCAGCUAAACCCUGACCUGUGACUUCUGGAAUCUCCUGUGCUUUUACACCUGCACGUUUACUCCAUUUACUGUCCCAGGCCAGAGACUGAAACUCACUCGAACUUGUAAUUAUUAUAUUCAAAUAAGACUAUUCUAAUUAUGUGGCUAUGUAAAUAGUGUAGAAUUAUUAAAAAUAUAUUUUUCUUUUUGUAAAAAUACAAUACGAUUUAUAUUGUUUGUAAGUAGAGUUGACCUUACUGUAGAAGAGUGUUUGGUGCUUAGUCAUUGUUAUUAUGAAUAAAAUUUGUUAAAUUGAAAACAAGCAGCUUCUUCAGUCAAUUGAGAGAUCAAAGAGCAGGGCAUGCUGGGAGCUUUUCCUUAUCUAAUAGGAUCAGAAAAGAAUUAUGUGAUUAAUUCACAUGGUGUUUGGCACAGUAACUUUGAAUUGUAGGUCAGAUAAACUGUCACCAUAUGGUGUGUAAGUCUGUAUAUUGUAAAUGUUUU